AUGGUCAAAACCAAAGGUGAUUAUUGGCUUAUUGCAGAGUAUUUCCGUUUAUUCUUCACCCCUUCAGUGCACACUUCCACCGCUAUUGUUUCUGGGUCUUUCUCUGAUUUUGGUUCUGUUGUUGACCAACUUCGACGUGCUUGUAAUUCGGUUGAGGUUACAGUUGUAAAAAAAAGUUUCCAGCUUUGAGCUUACCAAACGUUCUUUCUUCGUGCUUCAGUGACCGGUCGGUAUGCUUAGCUUUGGAUUCAUCCAAGUUUUGUUUUUUGGUCACUGAAGGGCAACUUGGUAAUAUCAGAAAAACUUGAAAGUAAUUGCAGCUGUUCUCAGACUCAGAUAUACAAGGAAGUGUUGUUGAUUUGAAGUCCCUUUUAGCUUGCAGGCUUGGGUGGAGGGGUUUGGUUUCUGAUUGGGAUUUUCAAGUUUUGGACUUUUGGUUUGCUGAGUAUGUUUAUUGUUAGUAAAAUUGUUACAAGUAAUGAUUGCUUUGAAUUGGGAACAUGGGCAGUAAUGGGAUUGAAUAUUUGUCCAAUGAUGUAUUAGAAGGUGGUUUUGAUAGCCACCAACAGGAGGAAGAUAUCAGGGAAAUGGAUAAUGAAGAGAUGAUGACAAGGGAUAGAAAGUCUAUAAAUGGAAAGCAUGGUUUAUCUUCUUCAUCAGAAGUUGGUUCUUCACCAAGGAGAGGCUUAGAACAUUGCACCACAGCACCUGUUGAGACUCGGAGAAACCCACUUAUAGCUGACCAUGAGGUUAUGCUUUCUAGAUCAAUGACGGAGAAGACCCCGAAGCAUGAUCUACUAUUGGACAGAUUGUCCGAGGAUGAGAAGCAACAACUAAUUGCUGACCUUGUGAGGAUACAAAAUGAUGGGACUGUUGAAGUUGAUCUAGAAAGAAGUGCAUCUGUUGCUUCAGAAUUGUUAGAAUUCCAGUCAUUUGACGAGUCAACAGCGAGUGAAAAUCUUAUUCGUGAAGCAAAAACAUCAAUUCCACGGUUACAAAUUGUCAUACUUGUGGUUGGAACUAGGGGUGACAUACAACCUUUUCUUGCCAUUGCAAAGAGAUUGCAGGAGUAUGGUCAUCGUGUUAGGGUGGCAACUCAUUCUAAUUUCAGCACAUUUGUAAAGUCAGCUGGUGCAGAUUUCUAUCCGUUGGGUGGCGAUCCACGUGUAUUGGCAGGAUAUAUGGUGAGGAAUAAAGGUUUAAUUCCAUCCGGGCCUGCAGAAAUAUCUAUCCAAAGAAAGCAGCUGAAGGACAUUAUUGAUUCCCUUCUUCCAGCAUGCACAGCGCCUGAUUUGGAAACCGGUGUUCCAUUCAGAGCCCAGGCUAUUAUUGCCAAUCCUCCAGCUUAUGGACACACACAUGUUGCUGAAGCCCUUGGCGUACCUCUUCACAUCUUCUUCACAAUGCCAUGGACGCCAACAUAUGCAUUUCCUCACCCUUUGGCACGAGUUCCUCAAAGUGCUGGUUACUGGCUAUCUUAUAUAGUUGUGGAUCUACUAAUAUGGUGGGGAAUAAGAGGAAUCAUCAAUGACUUCAGGAAAAACAAAUUGAAGCUUGCUCCUAUUGCAUACUUCAGUAUGUACCGUGGAUCGAUAUCUCAUUUACCAACUGGCUACAUGUGGAGUCCCCAUGUUGUUCCGAAGCCAAGUGACUGGGGACCUUUAGUUGAUGUUGUUGGUUAUUGUUUCUUAAACCUUGGAUCAAAGUAUAUACCACAGGAAGAUUUUGUACAAUGGAUUCGGAAAGGGUCACCUCCAAUAUAUUUUGGGUUUGGGAGCAUGCCGCUUGAAGACCCUAAAAGAACAACAGAUGUUAUAUUGGAUGCACUACAGGAAACCGGACAACGGGGAAUUAUCGAUCGGGGUUGGGGCAAUCUUGGGAAUCUGGAAGAAGUUCCUGACAAUGUUUUCCUACUGGAGGAAUGCCCUCAUGAUUGGUUGUUUCCUCAAUGUUCUGCGGUGGUGCAUCAUGGUGGAGCUGGAACUACUGCUACAGGUUUAAAAGCUGGGUGUCCGACGACCAUUGUUCCGUUCUUUGGAGAUCAGUUCUUUUGGGGAGAUAGAAUAUGUCAGAAAGAGUUAGGACCGGCUCCAAUUCCGAUAUCCGAGCUCAGUGCCGAGAACUUAUCAAAUGCUAUUAAAUUCAUGCUCCAGCCAGAGGUGAAAUCUAGAGCAAUGGAAAUUGCUAAGUUGAUUGAGAAUGAAGAUGGUGUAGCCGCUGCAGUUGAUGCAUUCCAUCGCCAUCUACCUGAUGAGUUGCCACUGCCAACUCCUCCUCCGGUAGCGGAGGAUGAGCAUCCUAGUUCUUUGCAGUGGUUUCUCGGCCAACUCGGAAAAUGGUGCUGUGCACCUUGUGGUGGUGUGUAGCCCUUUUUUGCAUUUUUGCCAUUUUCAUUUGUUUCAUUCAUUAUAGAAUUAAAUCUUGUAGGAUAACUCCAAUUUUUGUUGCCUUUGGUACUUCAUUCAUCUUAUGCGAGAGAAAUAGUAUGACUAAAAGUAAUAGUAUGAACUAUGAAGUGAGCUUGCUCUUGGAAUUCUUAUAUGAUGAAUUAAUAAAAUCA